GUUAUAAUUAAUCUGGAGAGAAUCUUGUUUUUUGCAUAUUCCAGUGAAAAUAAACAAAAUAGAAAAGAAAUAAUUGUUAUUUUAUAAAAAUAAACAAUAAAUAUUAUUAUGGAAACUGUGUUAUUAACAAAUAUUAAAAAAUUAUAUGAUAAUGAAUUAUACAGCAGUGUUAUAACAGCCGCCAGUUUACUGAAUACUCUUCUACAAAAUGAUCGUUCUUUGGCCACGCCAGAAUUGGAGUAUCAAGUAUUAUUGUUUCAUGCCAAUGCCUGCUAUCAGGAACGGCAGUUUCGCAUGGCCAUAAAACAAUUGAAUGCUGCCUUGUUGAUGCGAAAGUUUAUGUGCCGCUAUAAAACGUCUCAUCUGACGGCCAUAGAAACAGCUUAUGAGCAUUUCAAUGAAACGGAGACACGUUAUCGUUUGGCCAAAUGCCAUAACGAUCUGGCCGAGACCACUCAAGCCAUUAGUGUUCUACAGGCUUUGCCGGCUAAAGCAAGAACACCAAAAGUAAACUUAUUUUUGGCUAAAUUAAUACAAUCAGGGGGCUCCAACAGCACAGAAGCUAUUUUGAAUUAUAAAGAAGUUUUACGUGAAUGUCCCAUGGCCUUGGAGGCCAUAGGAUCACUGCUGGAAUUGGGUGUGGAUGGUAUUGAAGUGAAUUCUUUGGUGGUUAAUGCCAGCACCGUACCCAAGAACAUAGAAUGGCUUAGUACUUGGAUUAAGGGUCAUGCCCAAUUAUAUAGCCGCAAACAUUUAGAAGCCUCCAAAACAUUCCAAAGCAUCAAUGAGAAAACUAAGUUCCAUCAAAAUGAACAUUUGAUUACUUUAAUUGGCAAAUGUUUCUAUUACUAUGGCAAUUCUACUCAAGCGCAACAUUAUUUGGAGACCGCUUACAUGUUAAAUCCCUAUAACUGGGAUGCUAUAAUGCCACUCUCUGUAGUCUUUGAGUAUAAUCAAAAACUACAAGAGCUCGACAAACUUACCGCUCAAUUGACCAAUAUUCAUGAAUUUACUUCGGGACAUUGGUUUGUUUUGGCACAGAGUUUCUAUGCUAAUGGUAAAUUGGAAAAGGCGGCUUCUUUUGCCAAUAAAGCCUUAUCCGUUAAUGCGCGCAAUGUAGAGGCACAAUUAUUAAGGGGUAAAAUAUGUUUACAAAUCAAACGCCACAAGGAUGCGAUUUAUUUCUUUAGAGCAGCACAAUGUAUAGCAAAUUAUAGGUUUGAGGUAUAUAAGGGUUUGUUUCAUUGUUACGUGGGCAUGAAGAGAGCCAAAGAGGCUCAAACCAUGUGUGCCAUGGCGGUGCGUUAUUUUCGUGAAUCACCCAGGAGUUUGGUGAUGUUCGCCCGUACACUUAUCCAUUCUACUCAUCCCACGGUUAAGAAAGGUGCCAAAAAAGUAGUUAGCAAAGCUUUGGAAAUCGAUGAACACUAUGCACCCGCUGUAGCCUUAAUGGCUGAACUUUGCCACUCGGAGGGUGAGACCCAAGAGGCCAUAACAUUGCUUAAAAAGCAAGUGGUCAAUUAUCCCCAUUUUAAACUAUUCACCAUGUUGGGCGAUAUCUUAGCCGCUGAAAAAGAUCUUAAUGGUGCCUUGGAAUAUUAUACCAUAGCUUUAAGCAUGGAACCUACAUAUCAGCGUGCUUUAGAUGGUGUCAAUGCCCUGGGCAAAGCCAAUUGGGCAAGUAAUAAAAAUGAACAGGACACCUCAAUGGCUUCAUCUACCAACCAAGAUGAAGAAUGGCCCAUUGAAUGCGAUGAACCCUCUAUAGAGGCUGUGGAAUUUUCAUCACCAGCUGUGGCACAUGAUGAUAAUGAAUCGGAUACAUUUUCGGAUCCUUUCUGGCAGGAUGUUGAUGCUGAGUUAACAAAUUAAUUUGAUAUUUUUGUUGAAUUGUUUUUCAUUAAUUCAUUCAUUUGUUUGUUCCAUUAAUACAUUUUUCAUUUUAUUUUUAGUAUUUAGUCAUUUGCAAAAAAAAAGACUUCCUGUUAUACCGUGAGCAACUUUACAUUUCCCCCUCUACUCCACAAAAUUUCGAAUUUAUUGAACUGUUUAUUUUUUAAGUUAUGAAUAUGAUUUAAGUUGUAUUGUAAAACAAUUCUUUAAUGAGAAAUAAAAACUACAGUAUUU